ACCACAUAAACCCUGCGAAAUUGGCACGCGGCUGCAGCACUCGCCGGCGGCAGAAAUGGGGAAGAAGAACAAGAGAAGUCAAGACGAGCCUGAGCUCGAACUGGAGCCAGAGCUAACGAAAAUAAUCGACGGAGACUCUAAAAAGAAGAAGAAUAAGAAGAAGAGAAGCCGUGAAGAUACGAAGAUAGAACCGGAGCAAAAGAUGAGUCUCGACGGAGACACGAAGAAGAAGAAGAAGAAGAAGAAGAAGAAAAAGCAAGAGGAGGAGGAAAAGCGAAAUGUGGAAGACGGUAGAGCCACUGUUAGCAUAGCCAUAGCUGGUUCAAUCAUCCACAACACUCAAUCACUCGAGCUCGCCACACGCCUCGCCGGCCAAAUUGCUCGUGCAGCUACAAUUUUCCGAAUCGACGAGAUCGUAGUGUUCGACAAUAAGAGCAGCUCAGAAAUCGAAUCAGCUGCUAUGAAUCCUUCGGAUAGCAAUGAAAGUGGUGCCUCCUUUCUCGUUCGUAUCUUGAAGUAUCUAGAGACACCACAAUAUUUGAGGAAAUCUCUCUUCCCCAAGCAAAAUGAUCUUAGAUAUGUGGGUAUGUUGCCACCUCUUGAUGCUCCUCACCAUCUGCGUAAGCACGAGUGGGAACAAUAUCGUGAAGGUGUCACGCUGAAUGAAAAGGCUCCAAACUCUGAGGGUACAAUGGUUGAUGUGGGUUUAAGCAAGAGUGUUGUUGUUGAUCAAGUGCUGAGUCCAGGAGUUAGAGUCACGGUAGCCAUGGGAACUGACCACGAUUUAGAUUUGGUACGCCAGAUUGUUCCGCCCUCUAAGCCACGAGAAGAAGCAGGAAUGUAUUGGGGAUACAAAGUACGAUAUGCAUCACAAUUAAGUUCAGUAUUCAAGGAAUGUCCUUUCCAGCAGGGUGGUUACGAUUACUUGAUCGGUACCUCGGAGCACGGCGUGGUAAUCAGUUCAUCAGAGCUGAAAAUACCAACAUUUAGGCACCUAUUGAUUGCAUUUGGUGGACUUGCUGGGCUUGAAGAAAGUAUUGAAGAUGAUAACCAGUAUAAGGGGAAAAACGUCCGAGAUGUGUUUAAUAUAUACUUGAAUACUUGUCCACAUCAAGGAAGCCGAACCAUUCGAGCAGAGGAAGCGAUGUUUAUAUCACUUCAGUACUUCCAGGAACCCAUCAGCAGGGCAGUGAGAAGACUUUAAGCUUGAUAUUGUUCUCAUUGAUUUGAGGUUUUCUUUAUUUGAAAAAAAGUGAUGUAAUGUAAUUGUUUUAGAAUUUGGACCAAGUUUGUAUUUUUGCACUGUCCCAAUUUUGGGUUCUUACAAUAUUUCUCCAUUAGUGGCACACGAA